CCCAGAGACAGAACAUAAGCGGGUAGAGGAAAAGCUUUUCCUUUCCUACAAUCCCAGGUGUGGAGUUAAUUGUGGAAAGGGCAGGAGGUGGGUUAGCAGCCUUUGCUCCACCCACCAGGGAGCAUCUUGCAGCUGGUUUGACUCUUGAAUGUUACUGCUUCAUCCAAUUCAGCACCUUCAGUCGCUGUGCCUGACAAGUGGCUCAAGACAAGAAACCAACCACGCAAAGAGCCCAGUGCACACUUUGCCCUGCCUCAUCUUGACUUUCAAGGAGCUUUGUGUGUUCUAUGAAAUGCUAAUCCUCCAGGGUGAAAUCCAAGCUGGUUUAUCCUCAGAGCUACCAGGGCCUGCAGUGACGUGUAUUAAGAGAUGCAACAGCCUCCAAGUUUAGUCAUUUCAGAGGGCAGAAGCAGCGGAGGAGAGCCCAGCUGGCAGGACUCAACCAUAAACAUUAGUUCUUUGGCCGUGUGGACAAGGACCUAGGCCAGCAAUCUGCAUGUCCCCCCAGACUGUGUAAUUCCUUUAUUUUCUACGUAUUAGUGCCUUACCAAUAUUAUAACCAUAAAAAACAUACUCUGAACACUACUCUCAGUCUGGGAGCUCCAAUCCACUCCUUUUGUAGAUGUAAAAACUACUCCUGACUCCUAGUCUGAGUCCGGCCACCGCCCUAGUCUGUCCUCUGAGGGGCAGGCCUAGGGUGUGAGGACCGGCUCCUCCGCCCACCUCCUCUCAACCCCCUCGCAGCCGCGGCAAACCCAGGAAUCUCUCGCGCCUAACUCCCUGUAGCGCCAGGUUUGUGGCUCAGUGGUCCCGGGCCAGCCGACGGCUGCGAGGACGGACGUGGAGACACCGUCCAGCCCAACCCUGAAGCACACCUGGGGAGUCCCAGAUCCAGUGAGAGCAGUGCGGCCGGAGGUGACCCAGCCGCAGAACUCCGGACUCCUAGCUAGGGGUUUUGGUCGCUGUCUCCUGCUUGGUGUCCCGCCUCUUCGUGGUAGGUUGAGACGGCCGAGCAUCUGGUCCGAGCUCUCCCAGGCCACAUUCCUGUGUCUCCAGAGCUGGGAAAACACAGAACUCGCGCCUGCGCAGAAUCUUCCAGCGAUGCUGCUUCGCACUAGACCGCGCCCCCUUUGCCUUGGUAACGCGUCAUUGGUUGCCAUGGAGACCGUGCUGUUUACCUCCCAGUUCUACAAGAGCCCCGAGCUCCAGCUAGGGUAAGGAGCCUCCCACCCUGAAGUUGCGUAGUAGUUCUGUCCUUGAGGACUUUGGAAACCUCAAAUGGCCAAAAUACUACAACCUCCACCCAAAUUCCUGCCCUCAGAGUGGCACAUUGCUAACAAGAGCCAGUACCACAGAGCAGAGGCCCAAAGGUCUCGGUCUGAGCGUCUGGUGGCAGAAAGCCAGAGGCUUGUGGAUGAAAUUGAAAAGACCACAAGAAAAUCUCAGAGUGAUGUGAACAAGAAACUAGAGCAGAGACUUGAGGAAGUCAGGUUCUGGAAGAAGGAGUUGGAUGACAAACUUGAGCAGCUUGUAUAUGCAACUGAAGAUCUGCUCGCAUAUCAGACCAGAUUGGAGAAAGCCCUGGAGAGCUUUAAAGAGCCCUUGCACAUCACUGAAAAGUGCCUGGAAUACAGGGAGAAGCGAGUUGGCAUCGACUUGGUCCACGAUGAAGUAGAACAGGAGCUGAUCAAGGAGGCCGAGAUCAUCCGGGGGGUGAUGGCCCUGCUGACCCGCACCCUGGAGGAGACGUCCGAGCAGAUCAGGCUGAACCGCUCUGCCAAGUACAAUCUUGAAAAAGAUUUGAAGGACAAGUUUAUGGCACUGACCAUUGAUGAUGUCUGCUUCUCCCUCAACAACAACUCGCCAAACAUCAAAUAUUCUGAGAACGUCAUGAGGGUUGAGCCAAACUCCGUGAGUCUGGAGGACUGGCUGGACUUCUCCAACACCAACGUGGAGAAGGCGGACAAGCAGAGGAACAACUCCCUGACGCUGAAGGCCCUGGUGGACCGCAUCUUGUCCCAGACAGCCAGCGACCUGCGCCGGCAGUGUGAUGUGGUGGACACGGCGUUCAAGAACGGGCUGAAGGAGACCAAGGACGCCAGGGACAAGCUGGCUGUUCAUCUGGCCAAGGUCAUGGAAGAGAUUGCCUCCCAGGAGAAAAACAUUACAGUUCUGGAAAAAGCCAUCCUCGACCAGGAAGGGCCCGCCAAGGUGGCUCACACACGCCUGGAGACCAGGACACAUCGGCCUAACGUGGAGCUGUGUCGCGAUGUGGCACAGUACCGGCUGAUCCAGGAGGUUGGCGAGAUCACCCACAACGUUGCGAGAUUAAAGGAAACCUUAGCCCAAGCUCAAGCAGAGCUGAAAGGCCUGAAUCGCAGGCAGCUCGCCCUGCAGGAGCAGAUCCAGGUCAAAGAGAACACCAUCUACAUCGAUGAGGUGCUGUGUACGCACAUGAGGAAGUCCAUCCCCCUGCGGGACGGUGACGACCACGGGGAGUGGGCCGGGGGCCUCCGGCCCGAUGCCAUCUGCUGAGAGGAGGCUUCUCGUUAAGCCAUUCUUAAUAAACCAGGUCAUA